AUGCCAGUCACACCGGGUAAUGUGGAAUGUUCGUUUGAAGCAAAACCACAUAUUCUGAACAUGCUACCUACCUUUCACGGGAAAGGUACUGAAGAGCCAUAUGCACACAUAGCAGAUUUUGAGGCAGUUUGUGGUAUGAUUGCGGGACACGGUUUCACGCCAGAUCAGGUUAAGUUGGUAUUGUUUCAGUUUUCAUUAAAGGAUGCUGCGAGGGAUUGGUUUACAUCGUUGCCAUAUGCUAGCAUUUAUACAUGGCAAGAGCUGCAACAACAAUUUUUGGAUGAGUACUAUACCCCGCAAAGAACUAAAACGGGGAGAUUAGCAAUCAGAGAAUUCCAACAAUUACCGGGUGAGCUUCUUUACGAGGCUUGGAAACGGUUCAAUCAAUUGAUCCGUAAUUGUCCUCACCACGGUAUUCAAAGAUGGGAGUUGAUUACUGCAUUUCACGAUGGGAUUUCCAAUGAGGAUAGACGGGAUAUUAAAGCUAUCACUGGGGGUACAUUUUUGAAAAAUCAUGUGGAUGUAGAUUGGGAUUAUCUGGAUAUUGUUGCAGCAGAUUCGAAGAGACAGGCACAGUCGGAUAGGAAUAAAAAGUAUCCAAUUGUGGCACCAUCAAGUGCAGGAACCUCUAAUGCAAGGGUUGCUCAGUUAGAGAGAGAAAAGGAGGCGUUGGAACGCCAGUUAGCGAAAUUUAGAGGUUUGGGCGAACGGGAUGCAGUGCAUGCGACGCAAACCUUUCCGGUUUGUGAUUCAUGUGAAGAUCUGGGACAUACGUUGGAUGCAUGCCCGGGUCAGUUUGUAGCAGCUGAGGAGGACGUGAACAUGGUUUAUGGAGAGCAAAGGAAUUAUGAUAUGAAUUCAAACACAUAUCACCCAGGUUUGCGUAAUCAUCCAAAUUUUCGGUAUAGUAAUACUAAUCAAUUGAAUCCUCAUUUUCAGGUACCGAAUCAAGGAAGCCAGCCGUACCAGAAUCGUCAAUCGAAUUAUAAUCAGAAUUACCCUCAAGGAAAUUACAACAAGGGCAACCAAAGAAGUUAUCAACAACAACAGGAGCAAGGCAAGGCAAAUACUUCAAACGAGGAGGUUUCCAAUCGGGAGAUUAUGGAAAUGUUGAAGCAAAUGAAAAAAGACCAAGAAGUGCAAGCUAAAUCUCAUCAAGCAUUGGAAAAGCAAGUCGCCCAACUGGCGACCUAG